AUCGAGAAGGAACGACCCUCGGUGCCUUUACUGAGGGACGGAUCACAGAGUUUCAUUACAGAUCACAACCUGACAGAGACUUGAGGAUAUCAUCUGUUCGAAUUUCAAUCAUGAAGCGCUCACCCUGCGGACUGCAACUUGUUCACUUCUUAAUAAUCUUCCCUUUCAUCAGUGGGUCUCCUUUCCAGUACUAUAACAUGUUUCGAGGUGAAGCAUAUUCAGGCUCAGACACGCGGCAGAAAAACAAGUGAGUAAAAGAUGCCUAAAUCUUGCAUAAACAAGAAACUGAAAUCAAAAUCCUCCUUAAUUGAUCGUUACGACAGUAUUUGCUGUGCGUAAAUUCGAUUAAUGUCGGUGCGUAAAAGUGCGCACCAAAGCUGUCGUCGUUCAUACGGUGUAAAUAUCUAGUGAUUUUUUGCAGAAACUGGUGCGCUUACGUCGUGCACAAGAACGUAACCUGCGCCGUCGUGGGAGGCACGGAGAGUUUCGUGCAGCCGGAGCCUUUACCGUGUCCACCGGAGCUGCCAAACUGUGCGAGAGAAGUCAUGUAAGUUCCCCAAAGUCCUCACACUCCAGCAUGAUAUGUGAAGGAUGUAUUUUCACUGAUAUUUUUGACAGUGUAAAUCAGUCAUGGUUGUUUUAAAAUAAUCAAUAACAGAAUAGUUUAGCUGGUACAUCUUUGGCUUGAUUAAUCCAAGGUUCAGGGGCGUGCCCGGACGUUUUUGACAGGGUGGCUCAGCUCAGGCAUCGACUCAUGUAGGGGCUACAUGGGGUAUGUGUGUAGGGGAGAGUGGGGUAAGUUGAAUCAAAAGGUAAGUUGAGCCACCCUCUGUUGCUUGGAAAUGGUAAAAGAAAUUGAUCAUCUGACCAAAUAUUUAGAAGAUGGGCAUCAAUUCAUGGAGUCUGUGAAGGUUAGAAGCACAUGGGUGAAGGGGUUAGACAUUUAUUUCUGAAAAAAAAACAUUUUUCACUCUUGAAAGUGAAUUUAGUCUGUCAUAAGUUUUACUAGAAUUGUGUUCAGACCAAAAAAGAUCAUUUUAAAUUUGUUUCAUACAUCAAUUGUGGUAUCUAUGCGCUACAACAGGAGAUUUAAAAGUUACCACAUUGUUGUUUUACUUUAAGUUCAUUCGAAAUUAACAGGAAUAUAUUCUACAGUGGAAUAUAAACAUGGAAUAUUGCCCUUCGGUGCUCGAAUUUAGCCACCCCAGUCAAAAAAGUCUGGUUCUGCCUUUGUGUCCACCAUAGUUUGGUCUCAUAACUCAGUCACAAAAUCACGUUGAUAAUGAGAGACUAUGUCCUCAUUUAAGACAGUCUAUGGUUGCAACACCGUCCAGACAUUUAACUUGAACAUAAGUUUGGAUUUUGGGUCAGCAAUCAUGCCACCUCAUGCAUUUGCUCUGGACACACCCCUGCCGGGAUUGUGGGAUUAAGCUGCUGCCUGCUUUAUUAAAUGUUUUGUGUUAAAUUCCUUUCCCAACCCUCAAUAUUCUUGAACAUAUUCUUGUGGUUAUGUUGUCAUACUCCAGAAACAUAAAAUAUGUACUGUACAUUCCUACAUGAGAAUAAGACGAGUGCUCAGAAGAGUCUAAAACAAACCUUAUGGAGUUGUUUUAUUCAAGCAUCUGUGUUGAAUCUUCAUCGAUGGUAAACACAGACUGACUAUGCUCUGGCUUUGUUUUGCUUCAGUGUUUAUUGAGCAACAAACACACAAAAGAUGUAGUUAAUCAUGGGGUGGUAGGGCCGUGUGGGCCAAUAGUGUCUUCAUGAGGGGAAGCGGAGAGCGGAAAAUCUCCAGUUGUGUGCUGCCAACUGCAUAAUUAACUGGUCGUAACUGUGACCUGUGAUCGUACAAUCAUGAGAGACUAACUGUCUAAUUAAUGGAGUUGUGCCAAGUCUGAUUUUGACAGAUAGAAUUAUUCUUAGUGUACUAUCAGGUAAUAAACCAAUUUAAAGCAAAGGUUUUGAUGUCCUGAUGUGUUGAAUCCUUCCAGAUAUCGUACACACUUCAGACCGAUGUAUAAGAUUGGAUAUAAGACUGUGACAGAACUGGAGUGGAGGUGCUGCCCAGCGUACCAGGGGCAUGACUGCACGGAGGUCAAAGACAUGAAGCUACUCCAAGGGGAGGGUGUGCCUCAUGCUGCAUCUACCUCCAGACAUAUUCCAGUCCCACAAGGUGAGAGGCAUUGAAAGAGAGCAAAGAGAAAAACAUGAACAGCAUGAGAAAAAGAGUUUCCAAAGUAUGCAACUGCUGGAAAAAAGCCAGAAUACAAGCAAUCAGAUUCUUGUUACCCAACCGUGUCUUUUGUUUUCCCCUAUAGCUCCAUCACAGCAUAAAGACAGCCAGAGGAACCAUCCAUGGGGAGGGGAGAGGCAGUUGUCGGGUCAGACAGGUCACAGGCCACAAGGGGGUCAUGGAGGAUCUCAAAACGCACAACACCUGGAGGAGGAGGUGCAGCGCCUGUCCCAGAUGGUCCUCAACAUGCAGGCAAGAAUGACGGACAUGUCGUCUAACCUGAGACUGGAUUUCCAAGAGGAUGCCAGUAAAAUCUUUGUUACACUCUUGAAUAACUACAAGCAGCCGGCCAGUGCAAGAGGGGAAGAGGCCCAAACCGGCCAAGUGCAGGACUUCUCAUUUGAGCGCGAUCCAACAGCAAUCGAUGAGGUCAUGAAUAAGAUCAGCCAGGUGUCACAUGAUCUGGAGUCCAAGAAAAACACUCUGGAGGAUCUGCUGGGCCGUGUCAACCACCAUGAUGGACAAAUUCAUCUGUUAAUGGAGGCUGCUCAGAACCAGCUGCCUGCACACACUCCUCCGCAGACUAUUGAUGCAGAUCUGCGAGCCUACCUGGACGAGAAGAUCAGCGCCCUGAGAGAGGAGUUAAUGGAGGGAAUGGAUAUCAAAAUGGCGGACAUGAAGAACUCGUGCGAUUACAAAAUCAUGUCAGUUCAGGAGCAGUGCGAGGGACAGGAGACUAACUACCUCAGCCUGGCCGAGCUCAUGGACUCAAAGGAAACAGACCUCCGCAAUGAGAUCAAGGACCUCAAGAGCAAGCUUGGUAAUCCGGCUAACCGCGACCAUGGCUCCAUGCUAGCACAAGUGGAGAACCUAGAGAUUCGCCUGAACUCAUCUGAGAAGACAGCAGCUGCACGAUGCCUUUCAGUGGAGGAGAAGCUCAAGAAAGAACAGAUGGAGGCUUUCAAAGAGCUGAAAGAGACUCUGGAGGACAAGCUGGCCUCCAUGAGAGACAGACUCAUCACUAACUCCAUAACUGGUGGACAUCCGGGGAAUCAAGACAGUCUACAAGGGGACAUUAAAUCUUUAAAGAUUUCGGUUCAUUCUCUUGAGUCUCGCUUCAGUGUCUUGGACCAGUUGUGUUCGAAGGAGUGCAAGGCUGAUUUGACCGCUGUAGAAAGUGUUCGACAAGAUUUGCAGAGCUGCAGAAGUGCCGUCGAUGCUCUGGAGACGAGUCUAAAGGCCCAGACCAACGGCCUUGGAGCCAUGGAGGGACAACUCCUCAACUGCAGCACCAACAUUGAGAAUGUGUACGGAGUGUUGAAUGGUGUGAAAGGACACAUGGGCAAGUUGGAGGACUCGCUAUCAGAUGUAGUCCACCGGCAGUCUCAGACCCUGCAAAGCCUCAACUCCACUUGGAGUCGCGUUAGAUCUGGGGCCGAGCAGGAGGCCAAGGAGCUUUUGGAUCUCCACAAGACUCAGAAUCAGGAGCUGAGGAACCGGCUGGAGGAGCUGGCGAGGCAGGUGAAGGCUGACACUGAUGACUGCCGUGGACAAACAGAGGACAUCGGGAAGGAGGUCGCCCACAUGGACAGCCGAAUUGUCAACGUGGAGAGUUUAUGUGGCAAGCUGGAUCCUAUCUCCGGUAGCCUUCAGAGGAUCAAAGAAGGUCUGAAUAAACACGUCACUGGGCUGUGGACUUGCGUGAACCAGCUGAAUGCUACGGUUCGAGGUCAUGCACGAGACAUUGGAGGACUGAGAGGAACCAGUCAGAGCCUCCAGAACCACAUCGCCAAUGUUGCCAGAAAUCUCCAGGAGCUGUUAAAUGGAAACCCUGGGGGGGCAGGUAAGCUUCCUUGCAUUCACGAUUCAACCUUUGUAGCUGCUGUAAGGCCUAGGUAACAAUUUUUUCCCCGGGUACACAACAAAGAGACGUCCUUGGUCUGAUAAAACCGAUUGCAUGUGUCAGUUAAUGUUAGUUCGUAUUAUUGCUGAAUUGCAGGCAUUCCUGAGCCUCUCCAUGACAUGCCCCAGUCUUAAGGAUCGCAUUUGCCCUUAUCCUUUAGGGUUCACUUGAGGCAAAAAUGCAUGCUAGUCAGCAAUAGUUCCUCGUUUUCAUUUAACACAAACUUCUGCGAGCUUAUUUCAAGCUGAAUCUGAUUUAUUUUCCUGAUUCAACAGUGGAAGCCUGAGAUCAGUCGAAUAGCUGUAAUAUUUCCCGACAUUUUUAGAUCAUUGCUUGGACCCGAGUCCAUUUGUGUAUCACACCCUGGCUGUGUUGCUGGAGAAGUUUCAAUAUUAGAGUGUGUUUCAGUGUGUAAGUGAGAGGAAGUUGGAUUUUCAUUUAACCAUGUUCUCAGUUAAAGGAGGCAGACUUGAUUGAAGACAUAUGCUUGAGCUAAUAGAGCCCACUUGUGUUGAGCAAUACCUUGGCUUAAAGAAAUAUUGCUCACUCGGCUUGUUGUGUGCAUCGAAGUGUGCUUUUAUCUGUGUUUGUUUCUGAACUAGGGAAGCCCCAAGCAUGCAUCCAUACAUUUUUGAACUCUGUUUGUCGGCGCCAAGUUGAUUUUGUCAGUUUUCUUGGUAUCUGGACUGAACUUUGGCAUUUGACGAACGGCUUUAUCUUGAGAUAAUUUGGCGUUUUAAUGUGUUCCAAUGGGGAAAAUAGCGCCUUUCUCCCUGAUCUGGAGAAAACCUUUUUCUUUCUGCAUUUUCCUGGAGAAAUAAGCUUUGAUACUUUCAGUUAAUGAGAUAAAUAAGACGAGAAUCUCUUCAGACAAAUGGAGUAAAUAUAAAAUAUAUACCUAACAGUGUGCGGCUUCUGUAAAACAGAGUAUUAGGGCCACAUUAAGACUUAAUUAGAUUUUAUUAAGACUUUAUUCUUGGAAUUAAUGAUUUUAGUACAGCUUUAUUCUCAUAAGUAAUUACUUUAUUAGGACUUUAUUCCCGUAGUAAUUAAUUUAUUACAACUUUAUUUUCAUAAGUAAUGACUUUACUCUCGUUAGUAAUGAUUUUAGCAAGACUUUAUUCUCUAAGUAAUUACAUUAUUACAACUCUAUUCUCGUAAGUAAUGAUUUUAUUACGACUUUAUUCUUGAGUAAUUACUUUAUUACUACUUUAUUCCCCUAAAUAAUGACUUAACUCUUGAAAGUGAUGAUUUUAGUAUGACUUUAUUCACGUAUAUAAUUAAUUGAUUUGGACUUUAUUCUCGUAAGUAAUGAUUUUAUUGGACUUUUUUCUCGCAGUAAUUACUUGAACAACGACUUAAUUCUCAUAAGUAAUGAUUGUAGUACAACUUUAUUCUCAAAUUCUCUACAAAUUUAAUCUUGUAGUUAUUUCUUUAUUACGACUUUAUUUCUUUAAGUAAUUACUUUAUUAUGACUUUAUUCUUGUAGUUAUUUUCAUAUUACGACUUUAUUCUUGUAAGUAAUGACUGUACUCUUGUAAGUAAUUACUUUUUUACAACUUUAUUCUCUUAAGCAAUUAAUUUAUUACAACUUUAUGUCCAUGGUAAUUACUUUAUCCCAACUUUUUUUGGUAAGUAUUAACUUUAUUCUCGUAACUUUAAUCUUGAAGCCUAUUUUUUUGUUUUCUUUACGUGACCCCAAUACUCCGAUGUACUUCUGUAACAUAGCAAUGUGAGAACAUGAGUACGAUCAGGUUGGGUUUUCUUGCACAUGGACUUGCCUUUGUUGAUUUUAUAUUGCAGCAUAUGUUGCAUACUUCUUGUAUGAGUCCACUCUGUAAUAGUGCCUAUGAGACCCUGUUGGACUUCUCUGGCUCUCACUGUUAUAAACGUGACCUCGAAUCACACCCAGUAUGUUUACAAGCCAAGUGUCUUCCUGCGGGACCAGUUAGCUUUUAAUCACUGCUUUAUGGAGCAGGUGAUGUAGCACAUGAUCCACUUCAGAAUCUUGAGGGAGGAGAGGUGAAAGGAAAACAGUCCUGGUUCUUGUUCUGGUUCCGGUCCAAGUCCACGACCAAAGGAUUUACAUUCAGAUAUGUUUCAGUUUCUGCUUCUGAGUUGUCUCUGCAGCCCUGACGUGCCAGUUCUCUUGUUAUUACUGGAUCUGUGAUAACUGGGACAUGUUGCCACUCCACCCCAGAGUUGCUGUCAUAAAACUGCGUUUAAUUUAUCAUCCUGUCAGUGGGAAAUUUUGCAACUGGGAGCUCAUUUUGCAUAAUUUCCAUUCAUGCUCCCAGUGAUGUUACCAGGGGCCGUUUUGCAGCUUGUGAAGCAAAGUCUUGAGCUCUGUGUUCACUUCUGCUUUCCCAGCUGCCUCAUCCCAUUGUUUCCCUGCUUGCUUAUCUGCAGAGGCUGGAAAUUUUAGCUUGCAGAAGUCCAUUACAGAAAGAUCUCCACACAGCUUAUCAAUGAUCCACUCACAGAGGCCACUCCUGGGCGUCUUUAUUUUCAAGCCAAAAGCAUCAGCAUGUUUAGAUUAGGUGCUACCAGAUCAGCGUGGCCCAUUUUCCUCACACCCUUUUCAGGACUUAUUUUGUUUCUUUCUCUUAAAGUUCGUCUGCAGCACUCUCAUAUAUUUUACCUUCCACGGCUCAGCUCCUUUUUUGUUGAAAUAAACAGUGCAAACACUAAAAGCAGCAGCAGGGUCCCAGGGGCCAUAUGUCAACGUGUUUACCAUGAUGUCAUGGUGGCGUAAACCUUGAAGGAGAGGGUCAAGAAAGGGAGGAAGGGAGAGACAAGAUGUCACCCUGAUCGUGACUUUCACACUUGAGUUUAUUAUGACUUGUUGACACAGCAUGAAAGAAACACAAAAGCCACUGACCCUUAGUUUCGCCACCCAUCUCCUCAUUCAACAGCUGAGCACAUAUUUCUGAGAGUCUGUGACUUCAGCUGCAGCUGCUGGAAGUAAAAAAACAACAAUAUUAAAGUCUGUUUUUGGCUUUAAAGGGGUAACUGGAUAAACUUGUUUUAGUUGUUUCUGAUCUUUUAAUGAUUCAUCUAACACCAAAUAAUACAAACCAGAAAUUCUGAAGUAUUCUUACUUUCUCACGGAUUAUCAAGCUGAGUUAAAUACUUGAUUCUGAUUGGAUGAGAACAGAUUCAGCUGCAGACAAAGCAGAGCUCCUUAAGCACUUGCACAGUUGGACCCCCCACUCGGAUCUCAGCUGUGAGAAGGAAACGAAGCGAUCCUACCUCUCAAUAUUAAAACAAGUCGUAUCUUGUAGCCCAGGUAGUACCACCGUGAUCAGUUGAUCCUCUAUUUUCCAGAUAGAUGUCAUCAAGAAAUCUCCAUCCUGAUUGGCUAUCGUGGUGAGGAUUCGCUUGAACCAUUAACAGUAGUUACAAUAGCAAUAGUAAAAGUCGUGUUUACCUCAAGAUGUUUCAACAGAGCUGCAUGAGGCCUCGGCUCAUUUUAAACACCACAGCAGAGCUCUAUUGUUGGGACAUUUUGAGAUAAGUAAGCAUGUUUUCCUGCUCCUGAUAGGACUCAGCGGUUGAGCUCGAGGGUCAAUGACCUACAGAGAUAAAAUAACUUUUUCUUUAAGUGACAUGCUCCAGUCAGUGGUCAAACAUGAUAACCCCAUCAUGUACCAAAGACAAGACAGGACCUGACAGAAAGCCCCCCAGAACAAUGAAAACCUGUGAGGAAGCUGGUGACUAUGGCUGCUCUGUUUAUGCCCUGUUAUCCUGACGGAGUGGGUGUUACACUAUCUGACGUAAAAAGUUCAACCAUAGCUUCUUUUUUUCUUGAUUCUGGAUUUAUUAGUUCCUAAAUCAAAGUCUGAAGAGCACAGCUUGUUUUUGUUAGAAGUGACUCAUAAAGUCAACACUCACUAAAUUGUCAAGCAGUCAUGAUUAUGUGGUGUGUUAUGUGGGAAAUUGCCAUUCUUGUGACAUACAGGGUUGUUGUAUCCAGGAACGAGCAGAGGAAGGGUGCAAUUAUUAUUUUUCCUGUCAAGUUCAGAUCCAGCUGCAUUUAUUUAGAACUCGCCUCUUUCAUCAUGAUCAAAAAAACUCUAAUAAUUAUAGAUGUUCUCAUACAGAUACCAGUAUUUAAUGCUGAUACAAUACUAUUAUCAGUAUAAGCCCUCUAUGAAGCCUGAAAUGUGCCAUUCCAACUGGAAAACAUACCAGCAUGCUCCAAAUGGAUACCCUACUUUAAUAGCCGUACUUAAAAAAAAUCAAGUGAUUCCCGUUAAAUUAUCAAGUUACUGCAAAAUCAAAAACUGUGCAGUGUUACAGUAGAAAGCUGUUAUUGUUAUUAUUAAAUAUAAAUUAGGUAAAGGUUAUCCAGAGCUAAACAGACAUGUAGUGAAACAUGUGUUUAUAAUAAGUAAUGGAUGUUGCACAGCAGAUAGUCUAAAGCAUGAUGGAGAAUGUGUUCUGCAUUGAAAAGAGAGUCUUGACUUGGAAGGUAGAUGCAAAUAAUGGAGUGCAUGGUAAACAAUGGGAUUAACCUCAUAGAAACUAAUGUAUAUUUACAGUAGAUAACGAGUUGUAUGGCAGAUAAUGAAUGUGGCACUGCAGAUGGUCUGUAAAGCUCAGUAAAUAAUGUGUAUUUGACAAUAGAGAAUGAAUUGCAUGGCCAGGAAGUGCAAAUCAGAUGGCAGAGAUUAUAUACUCCAUAUAAAAUACUGAUAAUUGUACUGCAGAUAAUGCACGUUUCUCCAAGGGUAAUAAAUCACAUGGCCAGAUAAUGUUAUGUUACACAAUAGAAAUUUUACAUUGCCUACAAAAUAAUGAUAAUUGCACUGCAGAUAAUGCAAAUUUCCCCAAAAGUAAUGAUUUGCAUGGCCAGGUAAUGUUCAAUAGACAGUAGAAAUUCUAUGCUGCAUACUAAAUCAUGAGAUUGUGCAGCAGAUAAUGCAUAUUAUAUGCAGAUAAAAUGGUUUAAAAUGAAUAAUGUUAUGCAUAUUAAAAAUGCACUCGUGAAUUGCAAGGUAAACAAUAUAUAUGGCACAGUAAUAAAGUUUUUGUGCAUGGCAGAUAAUGUCUUAUUGCAUCAUAAAUAAUAUAUUGCAUGGCGUACAUGUAUUUUGCACGAUAGGUAGUGUUUCACGUUUCAAAGUCAGUCAAAAGGAGCAGUAAUAGUAGUCGUAGUUAGUAGUAGUCAUCUGUUUUAUAUACAUGUUAAAGUCCUUAUACAUUAAUGCAGUGGUUUUGCAGUGGUUUUGAAGGGUUUUUGGUAUCAGCUGACAUUUGGUCUUGGUCUUGGUAGGAAAGAAAGGACAUCUGCACAUCUUUACUCACAUGUAUACAUUUCCCUCUCUGGUCCUCAUUGUUCCAGGUCUAAAAUCAGCUAUGAAUCCUCUCCAUCAAAGGCUGCUUACUGCCACAAAUACCUCAGUUUAUAUGAGGAGCAAGAAGACUAACAAAUGCAGACCAGUGAAACACAAGCAUAUGUGCAGACUUUUGCCCCCUGUGCUGUUUUACGGUCACACACCGGUUCCUCUACACAUGGUGGGCUUAACAAGCAGACUACUCUGCUUUUUUAUACCAAAUUACCUUUUUCCCCGGGGUUAGGGGACAAGCUGCCUGGUGAUUGAACAUGUGGCGGUGCUUUGGUAUGCUGCUGGUAUGCCUUUAAUGUCCCUAUUUUCCCAGUGAAACAGCAGAGUGGUUGUCCUCUUAUGGAAACAGUGACAAUGUGCCCCCCAGCCAGGCCGAGUGAUUUGAUGAUAAACUCCAGGGUCCUUCUCAGGAAUCCAGAGUUCCAUGAUCACUGUAUAAAGCCUGAUGGGGUGGUGCUCUGUCAUUUUCUUAGUUUAUUGCCACAAUAACAGGCUUUGAGAAUCACUCUCUGCUUGGUUGUUAAUGAGUCACUCCCAUAAACAUCAACACAAUUACAUGCACUUUAAAAAAACUGGAUAGCACUUAAUCACAUGUUGUUUUAUUUACUCGAUAUUUUUGCAGCAGAUAAUUAAUUUUACUGAUUGAAAAAGAAGAGGUGAAAGAAAUACAGUAGCUGAACAUGACAUUAGGCUAAUAUGAGAAGACCUUAAAUGAUUGUAGUGCAGUGAAACCCCAAUUAUGGUUCAUUUAAAACAGUGGUUCUCUACUGGUCUCACUCUGGGACUCCUUGAGUUGCGACCCACUUUUAUAGAAUUUCAAACCAAGCAAAUUUGUUUUUUAUGUAUAAAAAAAUAAAAACCUGUAAAAACUCUAAUCUUUAACAUAAAUCCACUUGUUUUAUUGUAUAAGGGGACAACAUGAUGACGGCAACUGCUGAAGUUACAUAUAGAGAAAAUAUCGAUUAUCUAGUAAAUAUCGCAUUAAAUAUUUAUUUUUUAACUAGCUGUUCGUGAUCAAUUCAGAAUGUGUCCAUGACCCACCAGUUGAGAAGCACUGAUUAAAAAUGCAUCAUAAAUAUUUUGAGUUUGUUUUCAGGGUAGAUGUGGUUAUGAUCCUGUAAAUUGAUUAAAAAAGUUAAAGCAGCUGAGGAACUUUUGCUUGAGUUAGUUUCGGCGCCCCCUUGUGGACCAAAGGAUUUGGGAAUUUCAAGACAUAAAACACAGAUUAACUCUAUCAUUGGAAUUUUUUAAAGAUGUUUUUAUGUAUGGUAAAAAUCCAACCAUUCUGUACAUACAGGAAUCUUUAAAACCUGUACUUAAAGGUCCCGCGACUUGAUUCAUGUCAGAAAAGAAAUCUUAUGUCGGCAUAUGACAGUAUCAGAAAAGGGAAUAUGCUAGUUAAAAUGUGCAUGUGGAGUGAAAUUGCGCAGUUUUUGUCCACAGAGGGCACUAAAAGCAGCAGAAAUCGUAAAUUCAAGCUCCCUAAAGCUCUGACAGCAAACUUUAACCUGCCAUUGAAAUGAAAAAAGCUGAGGUCAGCAGCAUUAUGAGUGCAAGUCAUUCCAGUGAGUCAGUGAGGAUGAGAUUUACGACUAAAUUGUGUAUUUAGUGUAUGAUGUUGUAAAGUAGAGAUGACUACAGCUGGCCUUCAUUUCAGUCCAUAUUGUAUUCCAGUCAGGUCUUCUUCUUCUGCUCUUAAUUGAAAAGUCUUGAACAGCUUUAUGAGAGGACUAUCUGACAGAGUUACAGGGGUGAGGUUAGUAAGCAGCUGGUUUGUUAACACGUCUGACCUCCAAACAUCUGGCCCUGCAUCUGUCUCUGUCAGACCUCCAGCCCCAGCUCCAUCGCUCACCUCUUUAUCUGUCUUUUUCAGGUGUUAGCGUUGCCGUCGACAACUCAGGUCUCAUCCAGAGUUCAGGUCAGAGCCUCACAGAGCCCCUGGACCCCUCCCUGCUGCAGCCCCCUGUAAUGGAGACGGGACAGGCGGGGCCUCCAGGCAAGAUGAGCUCAUCCAAGUUGCCGAAGGGGACAGAUGGCAGCAUGAUGCCUGUUCAGGGUUUUGCUGGAGCUCCAGGUGAAACACACACACAGAGACACUUAAAUGGACUCUGCUAUGAAAUCAUCCUUCAGUGUUUUCAUUGUCUUGUUUUAUUUUGCAGCUUCACCAACCAAAGUCACUGAUUCGCUGAAAUUUGACACACCCUUCAACAAAGGUAACCUCGAAUUCCUUCUUUUCUGUCAUCUCACCAAACUCAUUUUCGUUUUCAGCAGAUGUGACAAGCUCCAAGUGAGUUUUUAAUUUAUGAUUCAGCUCCUGACUCACUUGAUCUUCAGCGUGUUUAUGUGUUGUGUCCUCCGCUGUGCUCAGGUGAGACCGUGUCCUUCUCAGCUGGUCUGACUCUCCUGCCAUUCCCAGGAGAGAUCGGGAUCAUUCGAUUCAAUAAGGUGCUCGUCAACGAUGGAGGACACUAUGACUCUCAAACAGGUAGCUGACCCUAGUUGUAAGGAUGCCUAGUCCACACUCUAAAAACUCUUGGGUUAUUUCUUCAACCCAAUUCCUGGGUUAUAUGUGUUGAGUUAAAUUUCUUGGUUAUUUUUCAGAUCUAUACCCAUUUCUUGGGUCAUAUGGAUUCUAUUGUAACCCAAUUCGAGGGUUAUUUGAAUGGGUCAAUAAUUAUAAUUAAUUAUGGGUCAAUAAAAUAAUUUUCUGAGAGUAACCCAAUAAUUGGGUCAGACGUUGGGUUUGAUUGACUCUGCGUGGUUUUUAGGCCUAAUGGCAAUCAAAGUGACCUGGUGACCUUGUGAACUUUGACCAUAUUGGGGUAGCUCGGGGUAGCUACCCCAAUAUAUAUUGGGCGGCUGGGGUAGCUCAGCGGGUAGAGCAUCCGGUUGGGGUUCGAAUCCCACAUGAGACUCAUCUGUAAGUAGAACUACAUCCACCAGUAUGGGUCCUUAAGUAAGACCCUUAGCGCUAUGGCCUACAAUCAGUUUGAUAAAAGUACAUGGGAAAAUAAGGUACAGGUUGUAAAAGCAAAGUUCCCGAAAAAAAGCUCCCCAUACAUCAAUUUAAUCCAAGAUCAUGAGUCAAAUUAACUCAAAUAUUGGGUUAACUUGACCCUUAAAAAGUGUUAUUGAGUCAGCCCAAAAUUUGGGUGAAUUUGAAUAACCCAACAUUCAUGGUCAAAAUAACCCAAUAAGUAGUUGGUCCCUUUUCAACCCUGGUGUUGGGUUAAAAACAACCCGAGUUGGGUUAUUUUUAACCGAGUAGAGUGCAUGUUCACACUUUAAAGAAUGGAAGGUCCACACAAAUGAUCAUUUUCACAGGCUUUACUGGUCGCAGAUCUGGGUUACAGCUUCAUUAUGCCACAAGUGUAACAAAGACUGGUCUGAGACUGUUCAAGUAAAUGUAGUUGUCCACAUUUCCAAACAUUCUGAUUGCAUCUUGUUGACCUGAAGGAGAGUCCAUGUAGGGUAAUAUUAAAGCACAACAUAUUUUGGGAGCCUGAGGGAUGUUAAACAUGGGUACAAAGUCCUUGUUGAGGAUGGUUGUUGGAGGCCCAUGGCUCCAGAAAUCUAGCACCAAAGUAUCCAAGGUAUUUGAGUGACACAGCUCUACCACCCUUAAAGCUGACAGGACUGGCUAAAGAAAAUCACCAUAACACUAGUUGAAAUGGUAAGAGACGCCUUUAAAGGUGAUCAUACCUGCUAGUGAGAGCAGGUAUAAUGAAAACAACAGAGGGCCCAGGAUAGGACCAAGGGGGACUCCAAGACGGCCUUGUUUGGUUGUUGAUAAAACCCCUUCUUCCUGUGUUCUCAGGUAUCUUCACAGCUCCUACAGACGGCCGCUACCUGUUGACCGCUGCGCUCACAGCCCAGCGAGGCGAGAGAGUGGAGGCCGUCCUGUCUGUGUCCAAUCGCAGCAUCCAGAGGUUAGACUCCUCCGGCUUUCUCUCUGGAGAAGCAGCAGCGCCGGCACAUGAUCGCUGUAACUGCAGCAGCACGACGUCUUUGAGUCUGGUUCUGCCGCUGAAGAGAGGGGACCGAGCGGGACUGGUCAUGACCGCCGGAAAACUCGCCAUCUCGGCUACCCCUGAAAUACUGUCGAGUUUUAGCGCCGUGCUGCUUUACCCAAGUCCAUCGAAACGGUAGCCUUGCUUUUUUAAAGACACU